UGAAUAGGUGGAAAUCUUUAAGCUAUCUCCUUCAGUAUAAUUCACAACAAACACAUAGCUGCAGCCUGCAAAGAGAAGCAUUUAAAUUUGCUAAUUAAAUCCAUCAUCAUGAACAACAAAGUCAUUCUAGCAUUCCUGUUUUGCUUCCUCCUUAUUGCAUCCAAUGAGAUGCAAGGAGGAGAGGCAAAAGUAUGCCAAAGGCGCAGCAAGACAUGGUCAGGGCCUUGUAUUAACACUGGCACUUGCAGCCGUCAAUGGAAGAAUCAAGAGGAUGCUCGCUUUGGAGCUUGUCACAGAAAUGGCUUUGGAUUUGCUUGUUUCUGCUAUUUCAACUGCUAAAUGAGAACCAAACACCUAUAUGUUUUGUCUCUAUUUCUAAGAGUGUACUAUCAAAUACUGUAUGUCACAGUGUUGUGUGUUGUUUGAAUAAGGGUGUCCAAUUUACUAAAGUUGGAAGUACCCCUAGCUGUAUUGGU